CCGACCAGCCAAAUCACGGCAGCCACCCGGCCGACCCGCGGCAUUAUUCCUUUGCUCAAGAGUAAGAAUGGUUGCCACCACCUCCAAGAUCGUGAAGCCCGCUGGCCAAGUCGCCGAUGACUUCGAAAAGCAAGUUGCCCAAGAAUUGGUGACGUUGGAAAACUCCGCCGCCGAAAUCAAGGCCGACUUGAAGGACUUGUACAUCACGGCCGCCAAGCAAGUGGACGUGCCCGGUGGCCGCAAGGCGAUCGUGAUCUUUGUGCCUUUCCGCCUCUUGAAGAACUUCAACAAGAUCCAAGCUCGCCUCGUCCGCGAAUUGGAAAAGAAGUUUUCUGGCCGCCACGUCGUGAUCAUUGCCCAACGCACCAUCUUGGGCAAGGGCCACUCGCGCGGCCACAACGUGAGCGCCCCCCGUGCUCGCAGCCGCACCUUGACUGCCGUGCAAGACGCGAUCCUCGACGACUUGGUGUACCCCACCGAAAUCGUCGGCAAGCGCACCCGCGUGCGUCUUGAUGGGUCGAAGCUCCUCAAGGUCUAUUUGGACCCCAAGGACCAAGUGAACGUCGAAACCAAGUUGGAUACGUUCGCCACCGUCUACAAGAAGUUGACCUCCAAGGACGUCGUGUUCGAAUUCCCCGUGCAACAAGAAUAAGUGUCAGAUGUGUGGUAGCAUAUCUAUAGACUAUCGGGGGAGAGGCAAGUCUGCGGUGGUGGCGUGAAAAUCCGCUCCCCAACGUCGCGUUGGCGGCGCUGGGGUGCUAGGUGGACCCUCAUCACUGUAGACACCCGCUUCUUACUUGAGCAACCUACGUAACAAAUGAAAUACUUUGUUGCAUCUCGA